CUCUUCACAGCCACCGUAUCAGGACGUAUCCGGAAAUGACCGUUUGGUGUACUUCCAGACUGCAGGCGUCAGCUCCCGGCUCAGGCUAUCAUGAAGCCCCCUGUAAGGCGGCGCGCAGCUCCGUCGCGGUACCGAGGGUUGGCCCCGGCCGGGGUCCGCAGGGCCACACUCUGGACCCCACGGGAAAAGCAGCAACUCCUCCGUUUACUGCAGGCACGAGACGGGGAGAGAGAACCCGAGGCUGCGGAGCUGAGGCAGGGGCUGCCCCACCGGAGCGAGGCUGAGAUCCAGGAUUUCCUGCAGUUGUUGAAGCGUCGUGUGGCCCGGGAGGUGAUUCAGCAGGAGCAUCGCUGCUGCCGGAAGGAACCGAGGCUUCACAGGGCUGAAGUUCCAGCCCCCAUUGAGGUUUGGACAGAUCUGGCUACAAAGGUGACCGACCAUUUGGAAGAAGCAAUGACCACUGCCUUUUCCCAGAUCCUGACCAUUGCUGCGACAGAACCCGGGAGUCUGCUCCACUCCAUUCCAGAGAAGCCAACCCAAGCCAGUGAGAGACAGCUUCUCUCCAAAGACUCUUGUUCCCAGGGAGAACUCCCGCCUCAGGCCCCAGAGCCCACCCGAGAGACCAGUGGGGGAGCGUCUGGCACCUCAGACGCCCAAGUCGAGAUGAACUCCUCCAAAUCUAGCCCUGCCUCACCCACAAGCGGAGACUUUGUCAUUGACUUUGAGAAGAUAUAUAAAUAUCUGUCAAGCGUAUCCCGGAGUGGCAAGGGCCUUGAGCUCUCCCCUGGAGAGGCUGCCGUCCUCCUCGAUCUGCUCAUGUCCCUCCCUGAGGAGCUCAGUCGCCUGCCCUGUGAAAGGCUACAGGCCCACAUGGCUGGUUCCUACAGAAAACUGGUACGCCCUCAAUCGGACUCAGGCCCAAGCCCUGAGGACCCUGGCAAAGGCCACUCCAUGGAAGACAGUGAAGUUAGCACCUCCCCCAGCAGUGCCCCAGGAAGCGUGGAGAGCCCCACUCCUGAGAGUCCUGCUGCUUCUGGGCCAAGUCUGCCCCCUGCUCAGCACCAGCUGUGGCAGGAUCUGGAGUUCUGUCCUCUGAACCCAUUCCUGGUUCCCUUGGAGCUUCUGUCUCAGGCCCCAACUCCUGGGCCGUGAGCGCUGGCAAGCCCUUUGCCAGGGGACCCUCCUGAGGGCGGGGCCCUACACUGCAUCCCCAGGCAAGGGCUGUGUGUGGGGUCGUGAGGGUGUGAGUGUGUAUGUGUGGGGGGGGGUGGUCAGGGUGAAAGGAGGAGGGAAAAAAGGUGAGCUCCUAGGAAAUAAAGCUAUGUUUAUUAUUUCUGAAA